AUGGUGACUGAAAAAGCUAAUAGAAACAUUGAAAAUUCUAAGCUACAAGACUCAGAAGGUGCUAAAAUGAUCAACAAAACAAUUAAAAUGUGUGAGGACCCAGCAGGUAAUGGACAGAAGAGAUAUUGCGCCACUUCUUUGGAAUCAAUGGUUGAUUUCACCACAUCUUUCCUUGGAACAAAUAAUAUUUUAGCAAUUUCAACCGAGUUAGAGAAUGAAACUCCGGAGGUGCAAACAUAUACCAUCAACGAAGUGAAGGAGAAAGCAAAUGGCAAAGGGGUGAUAUGCCACAAAGUGGGUUACCCAUAUGCAGUACACUAUUGCCAUGAAGAAGGAAGCAGUACUAGGACUUUUCAAGUCUCAAUGGUGGGUGCUGAUGGAACUAAAGUUAAUGCAGUAUCAGUCUGCCAUGAGGAUACUGCAUCCAUGAACCCUGCGUUGUCCUUUCAAUUGCUCAAUGUUAAGCCAGGAGAAAAGCCCAUUUGCCAUUUCAUUUUGGACGAUCAGAUUGCCUUGGUUCCUUCUCAAGAUGCAACUCAAGUGGCUGAAAAUUAA